CCCUCUUUUCUGCUGUCCACUAGGCUCUGAUGGACUCCUGCAUCUCUGGAGACUCUUUGGCCACAGACCCCAACAUCAGGAUGGUGACUCUGUUUGACAAUGAAGAGGUGGGGUCAGAGAGCGCCCAGGGGGCAGCGUCCAACCUGACAGAGCUGAUCCUGAGUCGACUGUCCUCCUCCCCCACCAACCUCACAGCCUUCCAGCAGGCGGUGCCACGCUCCUUCAUGAUCAGCGCAGACAUGGCCCACGCCCUGCACCCCAACUACCAGUCAGUACCAUACAGUAACCUGUCAAUCACUCCGUCUCUAUAGUAACACUCCAACUAC